GAGAACGGAGCUGUGUUCGAUUCGAUGAAUCAGUCUUCUGAGUGCAUUUGCGGAGAAAAGUCAUCAUGAUUUCGGAAGCUUUAAUUGUAGAGUUUCUUGUCUUAAUUGCCUUAUAUUUUAAAUAUUUUGGAAAUGUGCUUUAUAUAAAACAUGUUUCGAAUUAUUCGAAUGCAUUGGAUUGUCAGAAUAUAACAGCGGAACUAGAGAAACGACUACCGGACUACACUGUAUAUUCGGGGGAUUUUCAGCCACCGGAUGUCGUUUUGAUUGCUUUGGUCUUUGCUCUAGAGUUUGUCUUCAAAGGACUUUACAAGCUAAUCGAUUUCAGUGUAAGACGUCAGCUUAUUAUCAUUGGUCUGCUUUCCUUUGUAUAUUUAUCGAGCGUGGGGAAGAAUUUAGAUAACUUUGGGAUAUAUUAUGAAGGCCAUACUGUUUAUUCAGAGGAGUAUUCCGAUGUAAAUAUUACCAAUGUGGAUCAACUGGUUGAUAUUAUCAAGGAAAAUGCCGAGGGAAUAACAUUUCCAAGAGGACUUGCUGUAGCAGGUUUAAUUUACAUUUUUCGAUCUCUAAAUUCUCCAAUAAGACGUCGCUAAAACAAUGUAAAAUUAAAUAUUAUCAUCAUAUAAAAUCGUAAUUUUUUGCAUAUAUGUAUUUUAACUACGCAAAUAAUAAAUAAAGUAAAUACA